UUUGCUUUACUAUUUCCACUCAGAUUCAUUGAAUAUGCAUGGCUUUGUACAACCAUGAAAAUAACUAAGCAGAAAGAAACUUAAAUGGAUUGCCUCAGAUCCAGGGAACCCAUUUAUUUGGACCUGUUUCUUAAUUGUGUUUGUUAGAUACUGAACAUGUUUUGCUUCAUAUUUUUCUGGGUUAGGUUCACUUUUUUCCUUAUGGGUCGGUUAAAGUGGUAGGAAAAAAGCUUUUAGUUCCCUUUGAGUGAUGGGGUUAGAUAGAGAAGUGUCCCGAGUUAGUGUAAGUUAUGACAGUAUCUGGAGGUAUCUAAUUAUAGUCUGUAGUUUCAGGAAAUAUAUUCUUUGAUUCUCACAUAAUGGGAGUAUGAAUCCUUUCACUGCUUCUUUCUUAGCUCCCUGAAAUUUGUUUGAACUUUUCACAAAGGUGUAGGUUAUAACUAUCACUGAUAAUGGUAAAUUCUGGUCAUUUUUCUUUUUUUGUUGAAAAGUGAUUCUUGCCGAUUAAAGCCAACCUAAAUAUCGCUGAAACCAUCAUUAUAUGUUUUUCUUGAGUGCGACCCACAUGAAAAGAGAACUAAAGUAGUUUGAGAAAAAGUAGUUUAUGUGAUUCUCGAGGGUUUGGAAAGUCAAGUUUAAUUGCUAAAAGGCUUUGCAAAAGGUGGGGAUAGGGACAAAAUAUCUAAGCCUGUUGCCGUUCCAUUUUGGCCAGGAAAAAGGAUCUGUAAUGAGUCGGCAGUAAAAACCCAUAUGGAAAUCAAUGGGCUCAAGCUUCUUGCAAACACAACCCCCAUGUUAUUAAAACCUGGAACUCCUUAUGGGUCAAUUUCAUGUGGAAAUGAAGAAAACAGGGGAGGAGACAGCAAUGACCGCAUGCGAUUCAGUGGUGAUCCAUUUGCUGUUAAUUCUAGCAAUAUUUGUGAUGAGGAACUCUUGGCAUUGGAGGUAACUUUUGAGAAAGGCUCACCAUCUAAUACUGACAAGUCCAAAUUGAAAGAAUCAGAUGUUGAGUUGGAGCAUGCACAAGAUCCUUUUGCAAUCGUGUUGGAUCUUUAUGGUAAGGAAAGUAAUGGAUCCGAUACAAAGUUCUUUGCUGCAGCACCUCAAAAGAAGACAUGUGGAACAAGUUGCCAAAAUAUUUUUGAACAGAAUUGUAUACCCCUUUGGGGCUUCACAACCAUAUGUGGGAGGAGGCCGGAGAUGGAAGAUGCCGUGUCGGUUGUACCCCAAUUUUUGCAAGUUUCUCCUCGAAUGCUGUCGGAUGACCAUGUUUCUGAUGGCAUGAAUGGUCAUUUCUGCAAUUCAACUGCCCAUUUCUUUGGCGUUUAUGAUGGGCAUGGUGGCUCUCAGGUUGCAAACUAUUGCCAUGAACGUCUCCAUUUGGCCUUGGUUGAGGAGAUAGAAAGUACAAAACGGAGCUUGUGUGAUGGAAGUAUUGGGAAUAGUUGGCAGGAUCUGUGGAAGAAAGCCAUAUUCAAUUGUUUUCUCAAAGUUGAUGCUGAGGUUGGGGGAGUUCAAGGGAAUAAUGGAAGCAACACUGAGGCCUCUGAGGCUACUUCAAAACCUAUUACCCCUGAAACUGUUGGUUCUACCGCCGUGGUUGCCAUUUUAUGUUCAACCCACCUGAUAGUUGCAAACUGUGGGGAUUCAAGGGCUGUCUUGUGUCGUGGAAAAGCUCCUAUUCCAUUGUCAGUAGAUCACAAACCAAAUAGAGAAGAUGAAUAUGCAAGGAUAGAAACUGCAGGAGGCAAGAUCAUACAAUGGUUUGGCUUCCGUGUUUUCAGUGUCCUUGCGACGUCCAGGUCCAUCGGUGAUAGAUACUUGAAACCGUGGAUUAUUCCAGAUCCAGAAGUGAUGCUAAUUCCUCGCAACAAGGAAGAUGAGUGCCUUAUUUUGGCUAGUGAUGGAUUAUGGGAUGUGAUGACAAAUGAGGAAGUCUGUGAUGUUGCGCGAAAGCGGAUCCUUGUGUGGCACAAGAAGCAUGGUAAUACCCUACCUGCAAAAAGUGGAAGAGAUGGCGCUGAUCUUGCAGCUCAAGCUGCAGCAGAGUGCCUCUCGAGGCUUGCUCUUAAAAAGGGAAGCAAAGACAACAUUACUGUGAUAGUAAUAGACUUGAAAGCUCAAAGGAAGUUUAAAAGGAAAACCCAACAAGCAGAACCUCACCCAUCAUCUACUACAAUUUUUUAGAUAUGUUAGUAUAUUGUAGAACAUAAUUCUAAUUGGUAGUAACAUGGUUCAGCCCUUCGAUUUUUGAACUAGGCUGCUAGUGAUACCAUGGGGUUUUGUAUGCUAAAAUCUGCAAUAUCUCUAGAUUUUCUACACACCUUCUGAGCUGGCUAGAUAAUCUGAUUUAUUGCCAUGCUGAUAUGGAUAUGCAUAUUGUAGUGCAACACCCGCUACUAUUCAAGCGGGGACUUGUAUUUAUACUUCCAUCCCUCUUGCAGAAA